AGACGGGUCUGCACCGCUGCGGGCUGGAGGACAUGCCACAGGAGCUGCUGGCCAGGCUGUGUACGGCCACAGACAAACAGGGUAACGGCCUGUGUGACAUCGACAAGCUGACGGCGUACCUGGGUAGGGCCUCACCGGGCGCCAGCCGGGCCAGCGGUAGUAUUCAGGGUAUCGGGAACAACCACCGUCCGAGACGGCCAAAGGAACCGCCUCCGGUGAUCUCCAACUCCGGUUACCGGCCGCCCCAGCCCGCCUACCAGCCGCGGCUGGCCGACCAGGAGCCGGAAGGCGUUCCGGAGAACUCAGCUCGGCCGGAGAGUGCCGGGGCGAUACCGUACGACACCGCCUACCCGCCGUCGCCACCGACCCCCGAGUUUGACCGCGACCAGUGGAUGGCGGAUUAUCAGCACCUGGUCACCACACUGGGCCUCAGCGGCGCAGAGGACGGAGGGUACCUGGCUCCUGACGAGGUGGGACGGAUCACGGAGAGCUACAACACCAUCUACAACCUCGGCAUCCCCAUCGACCUGGUGAACCGCGCGCUGGGGCAGUCCGCUGAGCCCACCUACGGCAUGGUCCAGCUCGCCACCUACACGGACGUGCUGAUGAACCUGUUCCUCAACUCGGUGUAGCGCUGCAUAGGCUUGUGUUACCCACGCUGGAUUGGCUUAACUGCGAUAAAGGGUUGCUGAGAGAUGCAUUGAGAUGUUGACAGUCGAUACAGCAUUGACAGGGUAUGAUUUGUGCCUUGCGAUUUGCAGAACACAGUGGAUGAAUAGGCAACAUAAUUGUCAGCCAGUUUACAUAGGUAUACGUACGAGUUUCGAUAUUUAGUUUUUGCCUGGUCGCAAGUUUGUUAUACCUACUGGGUGCGUUUUGACUGACCAAAAAACAGGAAGACAAUUUGUUUGUGGUCUGAAUCGCGCUUUGUCUGCAUGCAUAUCCAUUCUCAACAUAUCGCGUCAAGCGUGUAAUUUUGUGCAGGUUAUUCGGAAAAAUAUAACACGGUAAAAUGAUUAAUGAAGAUAUACGCAUCGCAUCUAUAGAUGGCAUCGCAUCUAUGGAUGCGUUGAAGCUGUCACUG